AUGACUGAGAGUAAGACUGACACCAAGUCCCGCCCAACACCGGCUUCCCUCCCCAAGCUCACCAUCAAGCCCUACCACGGCCCCGAACCGGAGCACAUACCAUCCAGCAAGGCGCUUGGCUUCAUACAGUGCUGCGCGCAGUACCGUCGGGCCCCCGUCACCAUGCUGCCGAAACUGCCAUCACCACUGGACUCCUCACCUUCGCUCCAGAACGAGCCCUUCCACCCCGAUCCCUAUCAUGUCAACCCGCCGACUCCAGCCACACUUUGUUUCACGCAUAAUGACUGGGUGGAGAUCGAGCAGCGCAAGGCCAUCAUCGGAGAGAAGCGUGCCGAGCACGCAUUCUGGCUCGAGGAGAUGCGCCGCGACCCGUCCGAUCAGGAGGUCCUGGCAAAGGUACAGUUGCUGAGCAGAGACCGGGAGGAGAAUAAUGCCGAGAUUAGUCGGAUUUAUGAUCGGAAACGUAUUCGCCGGCGGUUCAGGGCUGAUUUCAAUGGGGUGUAUCCUGGGUGGUAG